AUGGCAUCUUCUGCACAGCUGGACUUCAACCUUCAGGCUCUUCUGGAGCAACUCAGCCAGGAUGAGUUGAGCAAGUUCAAGUCUCUGAUCAGAAAAAUCUCCCUGGGAAAGGAGCUACAGACAGUCCCCCAGAUGGAGGUAGACAAGGCUAAUGGGAAGCAACUGGUAGAAAUCUUCACCAGCCACUCCUACAGCUACUGGGCAGGGAUGGCAGCCAUCCAGGGCUUUGAAAAGAUGAACGAAACCCAUCUGUCUGAGAGAGCUGAUGAACGUCGUGUGAUGCCCCUACUUUCACCCCUCCGGUGUAGUGAGUUGAUGGCUGAGCUAGAUGUUGCUUUAGCCUUGGUUCUGCCUCUGUUUUACAUGCACAUGUCACUUAACCUUGUUAUAUAUGAAAUAUCUAUAUCACCAGUAUAUUGA